CUGUAGAUGCCAAUCAUUAAUUGCAUUUCUAUCUUAUUUAGCUAUGUUAGAAGAGGGCUGGGGCACUUCUGAACACGAGCAAACGAUUACUUCAGUCAUCUCUGAAGGAGAGAAAGAAAGAAAGAAAUCCCAGGAGGACUUGGAUACAGAGACAUCGCUGUCUAUGCCAUCGGUUCUGUGUCCCAGCCCUCAAGAACUGGGAGUCAAAAUCAUGACUGACCAACAUUCCAUGAACACCUCUCCUUGUCCACCAGAGGCAUCAAGAUCUGCUCUGGGAGAUACACCUUCACCUGACCAGAAGAGUAAUAUAUGUAAUAUAUUAAUCAUAAAUGUACUAGAAUGUACUAGUCAGCAUACAUUGUAUAUAUAUGAGAAUAUAAAGGAAAUAACUUUGAAGUAUAUUCCAUCUAUUUUAGAAACUUCUAGUUAUGAAAAUGAAAUAUAUAAAUACACACCAUAUAUUAAAUAUAUUAAAAUGUGUUACGAUACAUUAAAAAAAAUUGGAAUAGAUCCUAAUGAAAAGAGAGGCCAAUAUGCAGUUGCAUAUUUAUGUAAGAAAGAUGGAUCUGAACUUAUGAUAGGACCAUUUUCCCCAAGAGACAGACAUAGUGAAGAUUUCAUUACUGAAAAAAAUUCUGACUUGGUUAAAAAAAAUGAGAAAGAGGAAGAGGAUGGCAGAAGCUGGAGUUUUGUAGAGAAAAGGGUUUCUGGUGAUGAGCUUUUAAGACAUUUUAAAAAAUUAGAUUUAAAAACAAAUACAAUCAACAUCGAAAAGGAUGAAAUCAAUUUUACUAUAGAGCCACUCUCUAUUAACCAGCAUAAAUUAUAUUUUAAAAUAGACGCAGUUUUUUUAAAUAAUGAUGCAAUUGAGGUUAGUAAAAAAAAGCUUUGCAAUCUACGUUCCCAGUACGAUCAUUUGGAAAGAUUUUUUGAUGUUUUUUCAAAAUGUGAAAUUGAUAAAAUACUAUACCAUCAGACAGCAUUUGCUGUUUUAAUUAUGAAAGAUAAUACAUAUAAAACUGUAGGUCCAAAGAAACCAAAAAAUAAAAAACAUAGUGAGGAACGUAUGCUUACUGAAAUGAGCAAAAAUGUCAAAGACAUAUCUAAAAUUUUAUUUUUUACCACCAACAGUCCUUGUUUAGCAAGAGAAGGAACACCUUGUAGAGACAGCUUGUUAAAAUUUUCACAAGAUCAUCAGAUUCCAAUUACAGUUUUCUUCAAAAGACCUUAUGUCUUUAGUAGAAAUAUUGAAGAUUUAAUUAAGGAAGAAGAAAAGCUAUUAUGGGAUACUGAUUAUGAGUUUCAUCUCAAAUUUGAUAUUAAAGAUUUUAUAUAUAAGUUUAAAGAAACUGAUGAAAGUGAGAGGACAAUAAUCUAUAAUAGUAUUAAAUACAUUUGUUCUAAAUAUUCAAAUGAAGCCCAGACAUAUCAAAAAUGGAAACAAGCAGAGACAGAAAUUUGGGAAGAGCUUGAGUCCAAACUGCGGGAGAAAAUAAAGAAAAUAUCCAAUGAAUAUUUUACUAAGAUUAAAGACAUGUUUUGUAAGUGGUGGACUUUAACCAUAACUGAAACUCUCAACACCUUUGUAGCUUUACCCAUCUUAAAACAAAUCGAGGGCCUUCAAAAUCACAUUCAGUUUUUCAGGAUUGAAUUAGAGGAGAACUCAAAUGUCAAUUUUACAAUCUAUGGCUAAUAAUAUUAAACUUUAUGAAAAAAAAAAAUAUUUAAUUUUAUUUUAUUUUAUAUUAUAUAUAUAUAUAUAUAUAUAUAUUGACUUUGUGGACUCAUGCCAAUGGAACUGCCUCCAGAUAAAUGCAGGAAAAACCUGCAUUUAUGCCUGUGUUUGUGCCUGUGGUGGAUUUCCACAGGCACAAACACCCUUCACUACCAUCAGUGAACAUUCAGGGAAAGGACAUUGAGACAGUGGAUUCUGUGGGAGAUCAUUUUAUAGUUUGGAAUGUAUAUGUAUGGAGCAUGUAUCUGAUGUUGUGUAAAAUAACCAGGGGACAGCAUGAUUGAGUUAUCAGGUAAAGUUUAUUCAUUGGAUCGUUUGAUUUUAAGAACAAUAUAGGGCAGUGGUUUUCAACCUGUGGGCCGCGGGGCUGCUAGUUAUUAUCAAUAGAAAUAAUAAUAUUGCUAAUGUAUGAAAAAUGUGUAGUCAUAAUUAAAUAUCAUAAUUUGAUAUAUAAUUAAUAAAAAAUUAAUAAUAAACUGUUACUUUGCAUUCACUAUUCCAUCUCGUUGAUUGGUUUAAUAACAACCCGCCAAUUUAGGCUAUCUAACAUAUUUUUGCUGCAUACAUGCUAAAACAGAUGUAAACAUGGACAAAUGGCUGUCAACGGGAUCGCUGAAAAGGACAAAUACAGACGUUUCUUCAUCCACAAGUAAGCAGGACACUGAAAAGACUCAAAAUAAACCUAAACAAAGAAAAUAUAGCAGCGAGUACCCAGCACUAGGUUUCACAUGUGUGAGCUACCGCUCUGUGUUGUAUGCUCAGAAGUCUUGUCAAAUGAAGCUUUAAAACUGAGCAAAUUACAACGGCACUGGGAAACAAAACAUAGUGAAUAUGCGUCCAAGCCAACUGAGUUUUUUGAGAACAAACUUAAAGAGUACCAAAGCAAGAAAAAAACUGCAUUCUGGCAACGACAACAGUAAAGCAGUGGAGGUAUCUUAUCGCGCUGCAAAACUAAUCGCGAAGGCUGGAAAACUACACACAAUUGGUGAAAGUUUGAUUUUACCUGCCGCGAAAGAAAUGGUUGGCGUGAUGUGUGGAGAAAAGGCCCGCAAGCAGUUAAAUCUGAUUUCACUUUCGGAUAAUACGGUUGAGAGAAGAAUAAAUGAAAUGGCAGAUGAUAUAACUCAGAAGUUGGUUAAACACAUUCGAGAGAGUCCCUUUUAUGCCCUACAGUGGGAUGAAUCGUCCGAUAUAGCAAACCUUUCCAACCUCCUUGCUUUUGUACGGUAUGUUCAUAAUGGAGAAUUACAAGAGGAAUUCCUUUUCUGUAAGCCGCUGCCGGCUCAAACAACUGCCGAAGCCAUUUUUGAUAUUUUGAAUGCAUUUAUUGAUUCAAAUGGAAUCGAUUGGUCUAAAUGCGUGGGUCUGAGCACAGACGGAGCAAGAGCCAUGGUGGGGCAUCGCAACGGAGUCGCUGCGCGCGUGAAAACAGUUGCGCCGCUUAUGAGCUCCGUCCACUGCAGUUUACAUCGGGAGGCACUAGCUACCAAGAAGAUGCCCACAGAUCUGAGAUGUGUCUUGGAUGAGGCUGUUAAAAUAGUCAAUUUCAUAAAAACUAGGCCCCUUCAGUCACGUUUGUUUCGACUUCUCUGUGAAGAAAUGGGAAGUGACCAUGUUCAGCUUCUGUUACACACUGAGGUACGAUGGCUUUCACGAGGCCGGGGGCUUACUCGUUUCUUUGAAUCACGCAACGAAGUAGGGAUUUUUUUAUCCGACUCAAAUUUUCCCCUUUCGGACCGCCUCAGUGAUUUUGAGUGGUUUGCAAAAUUGUCCUACCUUUCUGAUAUUUACAAUCACCUUAAUGGAGUGAACUUGAGUCUUCAAGGCAAAUCAGUGACAGCAUUUCAAGUGCAAAAUAAAAUUGAAGCCACAAUAAAGAAACUGGACAUUUGGGCCGGGCGAAUUUGCAAAAAUCAAAAUCCGAAUCGUUUGAGAAUUUGUCACAUUUUUUGUCAGAAGAAGCCACGAGCCUGCCCACCUCAGUUAAAAAGCUGAUUGAAGAGCAUCUGCAAGGACUGAAGAGCCAGCUGCGUGACUACUUUCCAUCUCCAGAUGUUCAGGUUACCUGGAUUGAAAAUCCUUUUGCAAACUUGUGUGAGGGAGCCGUCACAAGUUUAAGUGCAAAAGACCACGACAGCCUCAUUGACUUAUCUUGUGACAGUGCUUUAAAAUUAACGUUUUCUCACAAAACUGAGGGAUUUUUGGAUUCAUACUCUCUCCGAGUAUCCUGAUCUUUCUGACAAAGCUCUGAGGUUUUUGAUGCCUUUCCGACAACAUAUUUAUGCGAAGCAGGAUUUUCUGCGUUGGUGGCACUCAAGACAAAAUACCGGAAUAAGCUUAACGUCGAGCCUGAUCUUCGCUUGCAACUUUCUUCACUUCAGCCCGACAUACAGCGCUUAGUCAAUGCUAAACAGCACCGACCUUCGCAUUAGUGUUGGAGUUCUCUGCCAGUUUUGACCGCUCGUCUCAACCCUGCUCUGCCUGUUCCCUCUGACUGAUUGCUCCGAUGACGGUCUACCCGCUGCCGACCUCUGAAUGGAUUUGUUCUCCCGUUUACUUAAGAAUUGUCACCCCGAGUGUCUCGGGGCUUGGUGACCCGUGUACCCGUGUUAUGUACAUUUUCUGUUUAUUCAACAUUAUGUUUAU